ACCUGCAUCUUCCAAUCCCAUCGCCAUCUUUGUUUUUCCCUACCACUACCACCCCUCCUUCCCCUCCUACCCCACCACACCCCGUUGAUCAGCUGAUUCCUGAUUUAUUAUUUUGGCGCUACACUUUUCACAAUUUCACGGUUUUUAUUUCACCUCUGACUAUUUUUCUGGAGUAAUUCUAGUGAUAUUUAUAAUAAUGUGAUUUAUUUAAUUGAUGGUUGUGGUUAUUGUUGUAUUUAAAAUGUGGAUUUAAUUAUUUAUCGUGUGGUUUUGGAUAUUUAGGAGAGAUAACUGGGCACGUGUGUUUAGGAUUGAUAUCGGAAGAAGACUGAGGGAUUUUUGAAUGUGAAACUCCAAAAAAAUGAGUUCAUACGUUUCAAGGAUAAAUCAGCUGGACGCGGUGCAAUUGGACGAUGAAAUUCACCGGAUAUUCGUGGCACGAGCCCAGGAGAUAUCCCGAUUAUUCACCCCAGGUACGACCGACAAAUGGUCACCAGAGAUAAACGCUGGAUUGCGCUCGCUCAUCUGGAUAUUUUCCCUGGGUACUGGAAAAUCGACAUUCGGUCAAAAAUUAUUGGAUCUAACCUACAUCGAUUUAACACGAGCAAAAUCACUACUCAUCCUCAUUCUCUCAGUCCUCCCGAAGUACCUGGAGGACAAGUACGUCGACCCCAACAGAAUUUCGCUCAGACCUCGUGACAAAAUCCUAAAAAAUUAUCUCGAGAGAAUUUUCAACAUUUUUAAUCUCCUGAGUUUUAUUAAUCUGUUGUUGUUCCUGAAUCGAGGCACCCAGCCGACGAUUUUGGAGCGACUCCUGGGGAUCUCCAGCAGGAACAUCGCCUCGACGAGACCCAGAACCAUCGGAUACUCCUACAUGACUAGGGAAUUGCUCUGGCAUGGGCUCAUGGAGCUGUUCACCAUCGGUUUACCUCUCAUCAAUUUUCAUUACUUGAAGAGAUGUUUUAGAUUCUCUCGACGAGAUAAACCGGAUGCACAGGUGAUUCCAGUAAUGACUGGCAAUACUUUAUGCCCCCAGUGCGAUGAAACUCCUGUUCUACCUCGUCAUGCUGGUUGCAGUCAUAUUUACUGCUAUUACUGCAUCAGUGCGCAGUUCAAAGUCUACGAAAGUUUUGAAUGUGUGGCGUGUGGCACUGAACUCCACCUCAGGAACAUGAAGACAUACUCUGUGGCUUCUUGAUUUUUUUAAGAUGUAUAUUCGUGGGAGGAUUGGAUUUUUCGGGAGAGAAAGGUAAUGUGCGAUAACUCAUGUGAUAAUUAAUUAAUUCAAGGGAAUUAAUUAGUUAUGGUAUUUUGAACGCGAUAACUUCCGGACCCUGAAGGUAUAAGUUUUUUUUCUUCUGCAAUUUUACCGAGUCUGAAGAUAAAUAUUUUUGUAAAGUCAAUUAAAAUAAUUUUAAUGAAUAAAUAAUUGGAGGUAAAGAGUGAAUUAUGAAUUUUUGGCCAGAGACUGGGACUUUUUAUUCAUCAGUUCAAAAUUCCCACUAUUUUUUCAUGAAAAAAAAAAAAAAAAGAAAUAAUAGUAAUCCAUAGGAUCACACAGACGUACACAGCAUACCAUUUGCAUAUCAAAAUUUUCGAUUAUUAUUAUAUAAAAAAAUAUCAUGCAGCAAUAUAUAUAAAAAGACAUUAUUUUUUUUUUCGUUUUUUCAUAACAAUAUUUCAUACUCUGUUCGAACAUCUGUGAAUCAUGUGGGCAGAGUGAAAUGGACGAGCGAGUAACAAUAUAUAUAUUUUUUCAAUUAAUUUCAAAUGUAUCAUUCGCUUGAUUGUGUAAGUACAAAUUGCUCAAGUGCGCGUGCACUUUAUUUCCAAUACAAUGAUUAAGUGGAAUGUCUACGAGUACAAUAACACAAGCUGCAUAUUGAUUUUCCAACAAUUUUCACUUUUUCAAUCUCACGAUAUUUUAAAAUAACACUUAAUUAUAAAAAACGCAGCGACGGAGUCAGUUGACUUUUCUCAGUUCCAAAGGAUUUCUUCGAACCUUCGAGUCCACAGUGGCAUACAUUAAAUACAAUCGCUACUGGAUGGAAGAACAAUGUAGAAUUGACGGUGAAUGUACGGUGGAUCAAUUCUAAAUUAUUUAAAACAAUUAUUUAACAUCGUGAGAUAUGUCAUGUGGGAAUUAACAUUUACAUUAUUUAACAUCCCCUCGCUCGCCCCUUUCAACCCCCCACCGAGGCAUAUCCUCACCAAUCUUCACAUUUUCUCUCAUAUUUUCGUUUGCCCUUCAUUAAUCACUAGAUUAAUUAUUCCAUUUGUAUGAACAUCGGUGAAAUUUUUGUUUAUCUUCAUGCAGAAUUAUCAACAUUAUCAUUAAUCUUCAGACCUGAAUUACAUUUCUCUCGCCCACUCAAUUGCGCUGUACCUCGAACCUCGUUAAUUAAUUUCAAGUCAUGCAAAAAAAAAAUGUGUGAAAAAAAAUGGAAAAAAAAAAGUGUUUCGACUGAUUUCAAUGAGUACGAGCGCAAGUGAGUCUCAGUUUAUUCGGACAGACAGUGGAAUUUAUUGACCGAAAUUAUUCAAGACACCAAAGGGAUCGAAACAACGGACGAUAUUACACGAACACAAUUGGAUUUAUCAUUUAGGUUUCAUGUGAAUUCCUUCUAUCGUUCAAUCGUUUAAACUCUCAUUCGACAGAUUUUUUACUGCUUUUCGCCAGGGCCCACUCUAGUUCGGUUGAGAAGCGGCAGAACGUAAUUUUUUUUCCCAUUGAUUUUUUUUUUAUGAGAACUUUGAUCCAGGAAUUCUCCGCCAAAUGGGUGAUUAAAAUACCGGUGAGAGGACUUAAAAAAUUUGUUCACUUCCCCAGGAGAGGAUGAAACUAGUCCAGAGCCAUUUGAAGCCCUCAAGUUAAUUUAAUAAUUGUUUAAAAAUACGAGGUGGAGCGCCGCCAUCUUCGAGAGUCUGUGCGCCGCCGUUUUUCACCACCUCGAAUUUUUAAAAACAUAUUCAACUGACCUGCGAUUUUCAAAUCACCUUGAACUCGUUCCAUUCAAUUCUUAUAAAGUGAAAAAAUUUGUAAAACCCUUUUUCUGACAUUUCCACCGGUAAUUGACUGAAAAUUCGUGAAUUAAAAUUUCCAUUACAUUCAGCCACUCCCCCACCAAUUCCUGUGCAAUCUCUCACCGAAAAAAAAAAA